AUGCAGGAGUCUCCUACUUCCUUGGCUAUGGAUGGCUACUCCAGCAAUGUGCCGGCAUUUCUCACCAAGCUGUGGACGCUGGUAGAGGAUCCCGAGACCAACCAUCUCAUCUGCUGGAGCAUAAAUGGCACCAGCUUCCAUGUUUUUGAUCAGGGCCGGUUUGCAAAGGAGGUCUUGCCCAAGUACUUCAAACACAACAACAUGGCCAGUUUUGUCCGGCAGUUGAAUAUGUAUGGCUUUAGGAAAGUGGUUAAUAUCGAGCAAGGAGGCCUUGUGAAGCCUGAACGAGAUGACACCGAGUUCCAGCAUCUCUAUUUCCUUCAAGGCCACGAACAUCUUUUAGAACACAUCAAAAGGAAGGUAUCAGUUGUGAAAAGUGAAGAAACCAAGAUGCGCCAGGAAGACCUGAGCAGGCUACUAUAUGAGAUCCAGAUCCUCAGGAGUCAGCAGGAGACGAUGGAGUGUCAAGUGCAGGACAUGAAGCAGCAGAAUGAAGUUUUGUGGAGGGAAGUGGUGUGUCUCAGGCAGAACCAUUCGCAGCACCAGAAAGUCAUCAAUAAGCUGAUUCAGUUUCUGUUUGGCCAGCUCCAAUCAAACCCCAGCAACACUGGAAUAAAGAGAAAACUACCUCUUAUGUUGGAUGAUGGAAACUCUGCUUCUCAGGUGUCAAAGUUCAGAAGGCAUUUAUCAAUGGACCCGCUCCAUGAGUCCUAUUUCAUUCAGUCGCCAUCCAUGCUUGUAGCUGCUGCCACUUCCUCCCUCUGCAUCACCGGAGGACCAGUGAUAUCAGAUGUUACUGAAGCAUCACCGUCAAAUGCUGUGGUAAUGCAGCCUCCUCCUGACAGUGAAAGAGCAGAAAUGUGUGAUCCUUUAGAUGGUGCCGAUUUGAAUUUGGAAGGCCUUCAGAUCUUGUUGAGAAGCCAGCAGUACAAUCUGGAAGCUGCCAACUCUUUGGAUGGCUUCAACCCCACUAUUUCUGCAAAUGAAUGGAAUUUGAAUGACGUGGAGGCAAGUUUGUCCUCGAUACAGAAUCCCACUGUGUAUCUGGAGAAGAAUGCAACUGAGAUGUCCUGCCAAGUGUGAAAGCCUCAGUCCAAUGCCUACUGCCCAGGAGAGAUGUCAAUCUGGAAAGUACCCAACGGCACCUUGCUGGCAAACCACG